CCUCCCCCAUCCCAGCCAGGUCACCUCCUCCCUUCACGUCCACAGGCAAGGAUUCACCUUUCCAGGUCUGGGAUGGUUCUGCUAAUGAGAUUCUGGGAUGAGAAGGGAGAAGAAGAGAUGCUGACAGCUGUUUCAAACCCUCACUCACCCCCUGGGGAACAGCUGGCUGAUAAUCUCAGCCCAAUGAUUCUGCCAGCAGUGAUCAAAGAUGUUCUGGGUUAUUCACCCACCCAGACAGGCCAGAAGUGACAGUCCUCUCUCCCCCAGAGCCAUCCCCAUGCUCCUGGGGCUGGUUGGCUUUGUCCUUGGCUAGUGGAGGCUGCAGUGAGCUCAUACCUGUGUUUACUGGCACAUCUGUACAACCAGCAGCCCUGUCAUCUCAGCCUGGUCACAGAAGUGACACAGAGAAAUGCAGCUUUUCUGUGACAGGUCUAGAGCUGGGCUGGAGUACAAGCCCAGGGAGUGGCUGCCUACAGGCACGUGGCAGCUGUGCCAUCUGCACCUUCGCGUGGGUCACCUGCCAGCAUCUGUCACCUGUCCCUGGUGCAGUGCCGGGGGCAGGUGCAGCCAAAUAUCCCAGGUGAGAGGAGCUCUGGGGUGGCAGAGCAUCAGGAUGCUUGGGACGAGGGACUUCUGCAUCCUGGUCCCCUGGCAACCGCACUCUGGUCCCCUAGCAACCACAUCCUGAUCCUGUAGCAACCACAGGCCGGUCCCUUAGCAACCCACAUCAGGCCCAUGGAAACAAGGCAAAGGGAGGGGGUUUGUGCUCAUUUGUAGCAGAGCCUUUGAGCAAGAGCUGAUGGAGAGCAGUGCAUCCAAUCCCACACUCUGUCCAGCCCAGGGAUUCAUCCUUCUGUCCUGAGCAAGUGCUGGCUCCUGAGAGUGUCCUGAUGGUUUAGGACAGGGAGUGAUGGAGGAUUCCCACACUGACAUAAGCUGAACAUGACCUUUGUGUCUAGGGGAAAAGGGACAUAAUCUCCAAGAAAUCCUCAUGAGUUUUUAAGACAGAAACAGGAGAAAAUUGUUCUACAAACCAGUCACACUGACCCAAAACAGUCAUAUUUUCCCAGUAAACCUUCCCUGCUGGCAGCCUUGGAAAUAUGCCUCACUAUGGGAGUAAUUUCCCAAGUAGUUUUACAUGAUGGGUAGAGGACCAGUGACUGAAGUGUUUGGUUUUGUGCCUUAAUGCUGGUCCCUGGCUACCCUAUAACCCUUAGCACUGGCCUGGGUCCUGUUUGGAAUGCCCAGACCACACCAAACAUCACCUGCCUGGAAAAUGCUGUUCCCAGAGCUGGUGCUUCAUGGCUGUGCUUUCCCCUUUCCCUGCAUGGGGAAAGUCCCAGGGCUGCAGGAAGACCCUGUGAAGAUUCAAAGAAAGAUACAUGAGUUAUUUUGGAUGUUUUCUCACAGUCUGGCUUUGCUGUAGCACAUCCCAGGAGAGCCAGAUUAACCUGUGUGUGAUGAAUGUGCUGCUGCCUGUCACUGAUAACAAGCUCAGUGUCGUGUCUCUGAGAGCCAGACCAGGCUGGGAGGUGGCAGCUGGCCUGGGAGACAUUCCCAUGAAAUGGUCUGGGAGUCACUGUGGGAUCCACAGGCACUGUGUGAAUCCACACAGCAUCCACGUGUAAGCCUGGGGGACAACCUUGUGCAAACAGUGGAACAUCUGGGUGUAAGUCAUUGGCAGGGAGAGGCAGAGCUGGUGGUCAGGGCCAUGGAUGGGGGUUGCUGGGCUUUCAUCCUGUCCAUCCUUCUAAAACACAAGUUACAGCCCCUUCUUGUCUGCAUUUUGCUGUGAAUUCUUACCUCUUGCCCUCAGGAAGGGACAUCCCCUUUCCCUGCCUCAGUUUCCCCAAGUGGGUUACAGAGGUGAUGGCUCAGCACUCCAGAGGUCGAGGAAGCUGAACUGGCCUGCUGGGUGCCAUGAGGGCUCUUCCCCUGGUGAACUGGGGAGCAUGGGGGGACUUCAACCAGCCUGUGAUGGAGGGGGAGCAGCUGAAGGACUUUCAUGUCCAUGAUUCCUUAGCUCUGUGCUGUGUGAGUCCAGAAUUUGUUCCUGACACACGCUGGAGAAGGGUGCACACACAGGCUCAUGGCUCUGUGCUGAGGUGGGUGAAGCUCACAUGGUUCUGGAAAAAGAGGCAUUCCUGUCCUUCCUUCCAGCAGUUUUUACCUCCCUUGGCCUCCUGCUGUCCAGAGAGGGGGAAACUCUGGAAAUGUGGGGGUCUCUCAGCAGCACAGAGCCGGGCACAGCACUGGUGUGAGCGGGGUGUGCAAGGCCAGCACGAAGCAGAGGAUGAGAUCGUUUCCAUGGCCGACUCCACCACCACCAUCGACGACAUCGAAGGAGAGCUCUUCAAAAUCGAGAGGAUCAGGGAGAUCCUGGUGAGGAGGGAGUCGGAGCUGCGGUACAUGAUGGAUGACAUUCAGCUUUGUAAAGAAAUCAGCCGGCUGAAAAAGGAGCUUCAAAAACUCAUAGCCCUGCCAGAGAAUGAGAAGUCCAACGAGGAGAAGCAGAGGGAAGAGGAGCUGGUCCAGCAGAUACACAAGCUGGUGGAAACACGGGAUUUCUUGGUGGAUGACGUGGAAUUUGAGAGGCUCAGGGAAAGGGAAGAAGACAAGGAAAUGGCAGAGUUCCUGCAAAGUAAGCUCUCCAAAAGCUACCUCCAGAAAGCAACUCCUGUCAAAGAGAAGAAGAUGACUUCCAGGGGACAGCAAACCUCGGCACCGUACAUGACCAAGACAGGCCUCACCCUGCUCAAGGAGUGCUGUGGCUUCACCUGCUCCAUCAUGUAGCCAGUCCCAGCUCCUGGGCACAGGACAUGACCAUGGUCUCCAGCCAGAGUCCACGACCUGCUCUCCUCCAAGAGAUUCCAUCUCCUGUCAUUGUCCAUGCUUCCCAUGGCAGCACCACCACCAGAGGGGCUUCCCAAGCAGGCUGGUGCAAGUUUAGUGACCACAUCAGUGGUACCACGUCUCCAUGGCAUCAACAAACACCACAUCCCACCCGAGCUCAGCUUGGAAGGCGUGUGCAGCGGCGGCAGCAGCAGAGGCCACGACCAAGGGACCGGUGCAGUCCUUCCCCUGGACACAGGGUUAAAAAAAGCACAUGUUUGGAGAACACUGUGCUCCACCAUCCAAGACAUGCUGUGCCCACAGAUGAUUGUCUCAUCCUUAGCCUUGUACAACCUUUGAGUGUCUGUGGGAUGAUUCCUGAGGACUCUUGGUGGGGAAUGUCUCUGGUUUGGGUUUCA